AUGCCCUCUACUACCCCAUCUUCGCCAACUGACCACCUUCUAGCCCAACUAUCAGAGAUCAAAAACCGUUUAACUCAUCUUGCCCUUCAAAGAUCCCGGCUUGCUUCCCUUCCCACCCCAACUCUACCCCCUUUCUCUUGUUCACCCACCGAACUCCUCCGCAAAGUCUCUUCCGAAGAAGACUACCUCCUAACUGAGGCCCAGAAGCUCAUCCAAACCCUUCAAAACGUCUCACCAACUUCACUUGACCCUAAACGCUUCCCUAUAGUCCUUAAUUCAUCCCCCGUCUAUGGACCUAAAUAA